AUGAAUAUAUUGUCUUUUAAUAUCAGAGGGUGUGGCAGUAGUAUCAAAAGGAGGAAAUUGAGGAAGAUGAUUGAGGUGGACCAGCCGGAUAUGGUGUUCUUACAGGAGACGAAAUCUCAAGCGGUUAGAGAUGGUUUUAUCAGAAGUUUGUGGGGUGCAGAUGACAUUGAGUGGUCAGCAAAGGAUUCCAUCGGGGCAUCAGGUGGUCUAAUUAUUAUGUGGAAAAAAGGCAUUAUUUCUCCUAUCUUCAGCUUCAAAACUGUAGGAUCCCUGGGUAUAAGCGCCGUCUUCAACAAUCAAGUAUGUUUUUUUGUUAACGUAUAUUCCUCGUGUCAAUUACAUGGGAAAAGAUUGUUAUGGUUGGAAUUGGUGGAGUGGAAAAAUAGAGCUGGGCCGGGAUGGUGGUGUGUAGGGGGAGACUUUAACUCCAUUAGAAUGAGUAAUGAAAGACAGGGGAGUAUAUUGGGGAAUAGGAGUAAUGAGAUGCAGGAGUUUAAUGAUUUCAUAGAUUUGAUGGACCUGGUCGAUGUUCCGGUCAUUGGGAAAAGAUUCACAUGGUCUAACAAGGAUGGGAGUUCAAAGAGUAGAUUAGACAGAUUUUUGCUAUCAUCGGAUCUAAUUGAUGAGUGGAGGAUCGUGGGGCAGAGUUCAUGGGCUUGGGAUAUCUUGGAUCACACGCCAAUAUGGUUUAAAGCAAGGGACGUGAAUUGGGGUCCCAAGCCAUUCAGAGUAAACAACUGCUGGUUCGAUGUGAAAGAUUUUCAAAGAUUUUGUGGCGUCGUCAUGGCAGAAUAUUCAGGUUAG